AUGACCCACACCACCUCCCCCAUCGUCCCCGAGAACCGCGCCUGCCCGUCCCCAGGCGAAUGGGACGCCGAGUACCUCGCCCGCGCGCAGAGCCACCACGCGCACCCCGUGACGGCGCACCACGACGUGCACGAGGCGUUUGUGCACCUGCGCGCGAAUGUGCACGACUCGCUGGAACAGCUGCACGCCAAGCUGUCCCACGUCGCGUCCGAGCUCGAGGACGAGAAGCACGAGUUUGCCGUCGGUGUUGAAGGCUCUGUCGGCGAGGCCAAGCUCGAGCUCCAUGAGGCUAUCGACAAGCUGCACGCCUGGUGGGAUAAGUACUCUGGCGGGAGCGUCGCCGUCGACGCCAAGGCUGCUGAUGCUGGCGCGUGGCGCGGGCCAUGA